UGAAACGAGUUCUCCUAUUGCUAACUCUGAAUCAACUCCACCAGCUCCAAUAAAAAAACCAAUGAAAGCAAUGUCAGAAAGUUCUACUCCUAUAACUCAGGAAUCCAACCAAAUGGAAACGGGGAAUGAAAAUAAGAAGUGCUUGGUGAUGGCUAUUACUGGAAAGAAGCGAGUGAUUGCUGAAGGACGUUGGUCCACAAACGAUCCACUUCAAACAGUACAUUUUGUUCCCUUGGGUCCAAAUGCAGUUAAGGUGUGGAUUGAUGUUGUCAAAGUUAAAGAUGCUUGCGUAUGGAGGCCUUCGUCUGAGAUCGAGUGCAUGGAAGAUGCAAUAGGAACAGCUAUUGCUUGGCCAGAGGAUAAAGUGGUACUCGUCUAA